AUUUUUGACGCAUGCGCAUUACCGGUUAUCGUAAACAAUCUCUGACCAGAAAAAUGAGUCUUGGAUAUCCUUCUAUUCGCCCAAGAUCUAACGAUCAGAAGAUAGCUGAACCUACUGGAAUCAGCAAAAAUGAAUAUGAGUUGCCUGAUCGCAUGUUUGGAAGUGCCUCCGUUAAAUCUGGCUUGAUGCAACGCCAUCCCUUAGAGGAAUCAGAAAAGCUUUGGGAUAAGAACCAAUUUGAUUUGAACAUGGCUAUGCUGAGAAAUACCCAAGGGAUUAGCGCUCCCCUAAAGUUGACAAUGGAACGCAAAUUUGCUUCAAAAGUAGGAAGAUUACCUUGCAUGAGGUCUAGCAACGUUAUGAUGCAAACGUUAAAUGGAUCAGAUGAAACUAUCGAUUUUGAUGAUAUUUUAAAUACUGAACCAGAAAGUGCUGGAAACCCUCAUAUUCUUGUUGAAAAGAGGCUAGGAUUAUUGUAA